AUGGAGCCAGAGUUCUGCUACGGGAAUGGCUCGUGUGUGAGGACGGUCUACCCUGUCACUGUCCGUGCCAUCCUCUACUUGACCCUUGGGUCUGCGGUGGUCCUCACAGUCCUGGGUAACCUCUUUGUGAUCGUGGCCAUCGCUCACUUCAAGCAACUCCACACGCCUACGAACUACCUGACCCUCUCCCUGGCCGUGUCCGACCUCCUCCUGGGGGUUCUGGUCAUGUUCCCUAGCAUGAUUCAGUCCAUUGAAACCUGCUGGUACUUUGGGGACAUUUUAUGCAAGCUCUUCAACAGCUCAGACAUCUUGCUGUGUACUGCUUCUAUAUUGAACCUGUCCUUUAUAUCCAUGGACCGCUAUUAUGCCGUGUGCCAGCCUCUGCUCUACCCAGGGGCGUUGCUAGGCCUAGAGUUUUACUGGGGCACAGUCAUCAUGAUCCUGGUCACAUGGUGUGUCUCUGCUGUGGUCGGCUUUGGGAUAAUCUUCCUAAAGCUGAAUAUAUUAGGAAUAGAGGAGUUCUACUAUAACAAUGUGGCGUGUGAAGGAGGAUGCUUUGUGUUUCAGAGCGGGGUGUCCAGUACCGUGUCAUCCAUUCUAUCCUUCUACAUCCCCGGGGUCAUCAUGCUGGGCAUCUACCUCAAGAUCUACAUGGUGGCCCAGAGACAAGUGCGCACCAUAGGCCUACAGAACACCAGCUCCUCCAAGGUGGACAAGCACCAGAGGAAAGCCACCAAAACGCUGGCCAUCAUCAUGGGCGUGUUUCUGUCCUUCUGGACGCCAUUUUUCAUCUGUAACAUCAUCGACCCCUUCAUCGGCUACUCCGUGCCCCCCACCUUGUUCAACGCACUCGGGUGGCUGGGGUUUCUGAAUUCCACCUUCAACCCAUUGGUGUACGCCUUCUUCUACAGUUGGUUCAGGAAGGCGUUUCAAAUUAUCGUUUCUGGUCGCAUCUUUCGGUCUGACAUGUCGGGAACAAAAUUGUUUGCAGAAUGACACUGGUUUCAUGUUGGAGCUUCCAAGAAGAUUGGGGCCAUGAAAAGAAAGACUUAUCAACU